CACCAUUGCCGUUGACAACAAAACCUCCUCAAGGACCAAAAAUAAAAACUGGAACGAAUGGAUGAAGCAAGCUAAGAAAGAAUUUUCAGGAUACAAAGGUACCAUGCAUACCCAAAGACACGAAUGGACCAAAGAGAAAGAAGAUGAACUUCAAAAAUUCUGUAAAUACUUGGAAAAGAGAUGGAUGAGUUAUACAGGAAAUAUCGAUAGAGAGUGCAAAUCCGAUUUCUUGAAAUCCACUCAAAACUGGAAUGGGAACCAAUGGAAUAAAUGGGUCAAAAGUGAAGGAAAGCACCACAUGAAUAGACAAUUCCAAAAAUGGCUAGACUAUAAUAAGUACAAGUUACAAGACUGGACCAAUACGGAAUGGAACAAAUGGAAAGCAAAUGUUAAGGAACAACUUGAUGAUGAAGAAUGGAAAAAAAAGAGGCAGCUGGAAAAACUAAAGAAUGGAUCAAAUGUACCGAUAAAAUGGAAAAGAAAUGUUUAA